AGUCAACACAGUCUUCGACUUCACAACGACACACCUUGACGUCUAGCCCUUAAAUUCAAAAUGACACUCUUGUUCAAUGAGCCAUUCUUCACUCUUGAUGAUUUCGAUCAGCUCUUCGAUGAGGCAUUCUCUACCAGAGAGGAGGGCGGCGCAAGUAGAAACAAACAAGUUCAACGUCGUGGAACGCGUGCGCGAGAAACGCUCUUGAGACCAAGGCUUGACCUUCACGUCGACGACAAGUCGAAUGCCGUUACGGCUAUCUUUGAACUUCCUGGCCUCAAAAAGGAGGACGUUAAUAUUGAAGUGCUUAACGAGUUGCUCACCGUAUCUGGAGAAUCCAAGCAGGAGACCAGCCGUGAAGAGAGUGGAUACUCCUUACGCGAGAGAACAUAUGGGAAGUUCUCUCGAUCGCUGAGGCUUCCUAGGGGAGUCAAGGAAACUGAAGUGAAGGCGUCAUUGGAGAAUGGUGUCCUUACGGUGACUUUCCCGAGGACCUCAGCAGAAGAAGCUCCCAAGAAAAUCAAGGUCGAUUAAAGGACUUGGACUGGCUGUAUCCCUGUAACAUUAUUAGAAUCAAUGCCGAUUAGCCCAUUCUACCGCACAUGUUGUGAGUUUACAUGAGUGGUGUAGUUUGUUGGCCAGUAUGGAGGAAUGCGCCUAGUAUUAUUUAAACUCAGCCU